AAAUUUUUUAAAAUAUCUGGUAUUUUUAAAUCUAGUUGGAUACGAUACUACUGAACCCAGCACCGAAACAGAACAGAAAUUGGUUAUUCGAUUCGGCGGCGGCGACGACGACGACGAUGAAGAUCAUCCACGUUCCGUGCUUGGAAGACAACUACUCCUACAUAAUCAUAGAUGAAACAACCAAGGAAGCUGCAGUUGUGGAUCCAGUUGAACCUGAAAAGGUUCUUCGUGUGUGCGACGAGAACUGCGUUCACCUAAAGUUCGUCCUCACCGCUCACCAUCACUGGGAUCAUGCAGGCGGAAACGAGAAGAUUAAGGAAUUGGUGCCCGGGAUUAAGGUUUACGGUGGUUCACUUGAUAAUGUGAAGGGGAGUACUAAUAAGCUGGAAAAUGGUGAUAAGUUGUCUCUUGGGACCGAUAUCCAGAUAUUGGCUCUUCAUACACCUUCCCACACCAAAGGUCAUAUAAGUUACUAUCUGACUGGAAAAGACGAAGAGAACCCUGCUGUUUUCACUGGAGACACACUGUUUGUUGCUGGUUGUGGUAAGUUUUUCGAGGGCACAGCAGAACAAAUGUAUCAAUCUCUCUGUGUGACAUUGGGUUCGUUGCCAAACCCAACACGAGUUUAUUGUGGCCAUGAGUAUACAGUGAAGAAUCUGCAGUUUGCUCUGACAGUUGAACCAGAAAAUGCCAAGAUAGCACAAAAGUUGUCAUGGGCUCAGCAUCAGAGACAGGCUGGCCUUCCCACUGUUCCCUCAACCAUUGAAGAAGAAUUGGAAACUAAUCCAUUCAUGCGGGUGGAUCUGCCAGAGAUCCAGGCAAAGGUUGGUUGCAAGUCCCCCAUUGAAGCCAUGAGGGAGAUAAGGCAACGCAAGGAUAAUUGGAGAGGAUGACAAUCAAGGAUCUGACUGCGAUGAUGUUAUGUUGUUUCUGUUCUGUUCAGGAAACUUGUGGUAUGUGGGCGCCUGUAAUAAUACAAUACUUCCACUUGACUCGGGUUGUGUAAGUACAUUAUCAUCGCUGUUGGAAUGUAGCUAAUGAAUAUGUUCUGUGUCGUGUGAAAUCCUUCUUUCAUCAAAGUGUUGCUCACAGUUGCUCCACUCC